AUGUCGACUACGGUGGAAAAGAUGGCCCGAACUCAAAAGAACAAAGCGACUUCAUUUCACUUGGGUCAGCUUAAGGCAAAAUUGGCAAAGCUGAAGCGAGAACUCUUAACCCCCUCAUCGAGUGGUGGAGGUGGUGGUGGCGCUGGCUUCGACGUCGCCAGAACUGGUGUUGCUAGUAUUGGAUUUAUUGGAUUCCCGUCCGUGGGAAAGAGUACUUUGAUGAGCAGACUGACUGGUCAACACUCGGAAGCUGCGGCGUACGAGUUCACUACCCUGACAUCCGUGCCUGGACAAGUCACAUACAACGGUGCUCCACUGCAAAUGAUCGAUCUCCCUGGUAUCAUCGAGGGAGCUAAGGAUGGUAGAGGUCGUGGUCGUCAGGUGAUCGCUGUCGCUAAAACCUGCCACUUGAUAUUCAUCGUUCUGGACGUGAAUAAGCCCCUGACUGAUAAGCGAGUCAUCGAGACAGAACUAGAAGGGUUUGGUAUCCGCAUUAACAAGGAACCACCGAAUAUCACCUUCAAGAAGAAGGACAAGGGUGGACUAAACAUUACAAGUACCGUGCCUUUAACCCACAUCGACCAUGACGAAAUUAGGGCCGUCAUGUCCGAAUAUCGUAUCAACUCAGCAGAUAUUGCGAUUCGCUGUGAUGCCACUGUGGAUGAUUUGAUCGACGUCCUGGAAGCCAAGAGUCGCAGCUACAUACCUGUCAUUUACGUUCUCAACAAGAUUGACGCAAUCAGCAUCGAGGAGCUGGACCUAUUGUACCGAAUCCCCAACGCCGUUCCCAUUAGUUCUGAGCAUGGAUGGAAUAUUGAUGAAUUAAUGGAGGCCAUGUGGGACAAGCUAAAAUUGGUCCGGGUUUACACGAAGCCAAAAGGAAAGAUGCCGGACUAUUCAGCGCCUGUUGUGCUUCGUUCCACUAGGUGCACAGUCGAAGAUUUUUGCAACGCAAUCCAUCGGAGCAUAGUCGAGCAGUUUAAAACCGCAAUAGUCUACGGAAAAUCCGUGAAGCACCAACCCCAACGCGUGGGGCUUGCCCACGAGCUGGCCGAUGAAGAUAUAGGUAUUGUUACUCGCCAGUUCCCUCCCCCAAUAGCACUUGCACUAUCCACUAUCCACUUGCACUAUCUUGGGAUGCUAAUCCUGUUUAUUCUCCAGUCACGAUUGUCAAGAGAUGAGUGGCCAGACUCGAAAGAGAGCGGCUAG